UCUUUGCUUCAUUUUAAGUUUGGGUCUCACUCAGACAAGAUGUCAGGGGGCUCUCUAGCGUCUGGCUCCUUUGUGGUAGCAGACUAUGUGGUGUUUGCGUUCAUGCUCGUGGUGUCCGCUGCGGUCGGGGUCUUCUAUGCCUGGGCCGGCAGGGGCCAGGGAAGCUCCAGAGACUUCCUAACAGGGGGGCGAGGACUGACAGCUCUGCCUGUCUCCCUCUCUCUGACCGCCAGCUUCAUGUCAGCCAUCACAGUGCUGUCCAACCCAGCUGAGGUGUACCGCUAUGGAGCAAAUAUUGGAUUUUAUUCUCUCUCCUAUGUUAUAAUGGUGAUGGUCACGUCUGAGGUCUUUCUCCCAGUCUUUUAUAGGCUGGGCAUCACGAGCACAUAUGAGUAUCUGGAGCUACGUUUCAACAAAGCAACCCGUCUGCUGGGGACUGUGCUCUUCAUUGUCCAGACAAUUCUCUACACUGGAAUCGUCAUCUAUGCCCCGGCUCUUGCUUUAAAUCACGUAACCGGUGUGGAUCUGUGGGGUGCAGUUAUUUCAACAGGUGUGGUCUGUACCUUUUACUGCACAGUGGGGGGUCUGAAGGCAGUGGUGUGGACAGAUGUGAUUCAGCUUGGUGUCAUGCUUGCCGGCUUCGUGUCUGUCAUAAUCAAGACUGUGAUAAUACAAGGAGGGCUCCUCAUCAUCAUUUCAGAUUCACAACAAGGAGGGAGACUCAACUUUUGGGACUUUGACCCAAAUCCUCUGAGGAGACACACUUUUUGGACCAUAACCAUUGGAGGAACAUUUGUGUGGCUCAGCAUCUAUGGGAUUAACCAGGCCCAGGUUCAGAGGUACAUCUCCUGCAAGAGCAUCACUCAUGCCAGACUAGCUCUGUACAUCAACCUGUUAGGCCUCUUGUGCAUCUUGUUUUGCUCAGUGUUGGCAGGAAUGUGUGUCUUCUCUGUCUAUAAGACCUGUGACCCGUGGACAGCUGGACUGGUCGCUGCUCCUGAUCAGUUGAUGCCGUAUUUGGUGAUGGACACUUUGGGAGACAAUCCUGGCCUUCCUGGACUUUUUGUUGCAGCUGUAUAUAGUGGAUCUCUAAGCACUGUGUCAUCCAGCAUCAAUGCACUUGCUGCAGUGACAGUAGAAGACCUGAUCAAGCCGUACACUAACAUGCCUGAGAAACACUGGUUCUGGAUCUCCAAAGGACUGAGUCUUAUAUACGGGGUUAUCUGCAUUGGAAUGGCUGGUCUGGCUUCACUCAUGGGAGGGAUCUUGCAGGCAGCCGUCAGUAUACUUGGGGUCAUUGGAGGUCCUUUACUUGGCCUGUUUUCAAUGGGUAUCCUCUGUCCAUUUGCCAACUCCAAAGGAGCUUUGUCUGGUCUCAUGUCAGGGUUGGUUCUGUCUCUGUGGGUGUGUAUUGGUGCCCUGAUGUACCCUCCCUCUCCUGAGAUGAGACGUCCGCUGUCAUUAUCCACUGAGGGUUGUAACUUCACCACUGAUAACAAUUUGAACUGGGCCUUCACUGGUGUACCAACACUUCCCAGCACCAACACCACAGCGUCAGGACAGAUCAGUCAUAGCAGGUCUCUGCUGGCUGAUAACUGGUAUUCUCUGUCGUACCUUUACUUCAGUCCUAUCGGAACAAUAACAGCUAUUAGUGUGGGACUAUUAGUUAGCUUGUUGACAGGAGGCUGGAAUCUAAAGCUGGAAUCAAGGCUUACGUUAAUGAAAGAUGAUACGACUUUAUGUCAUUUGGUCAGGUUUUUUAAAGACAAGGUGACAAGACAAACAGGCAGGCUGGACUUGACAAGGAACAGAGAGAAGAUGUGUGGCAACACUAAUCCUACUUUCUGUGAUGUUGAACUGGACAUAACGAAAAGCAGCAUUCCCACAUGAAAUGCCAGCUCUUCUGUCAGACUAUUUCUGUGUUUGUUUGUUGUCAUUUACACCAAAAGUAUCUAUCAAGGAGUUGAAUUACAAAAUAAAAUGGUUUACAAAACUUU